AUGCCUUUCUUCCUUUCGGCCGCUCUUCUCGGCCUCGGCGCUGCUCACUUGGCUGCGGCUCAGACUGUCAACUGCAAUUCUAUGGGAAUCCCGAAUGGCUACCAGGGCUUUGACAAGUGGCGCGCCACAACCAAGGACUGCUCGGAGGCCACCAACAAACUCGAAGAACACUUUGGUCAGGCAGUCCCAGAGGCUUCCUUCGGUUGCGUUUCUUUGGCCGUCUCGGGCGGGUGCGAAGUUUCCAUGUGCGACUCGUCGGAUGUCCGCAGAAACAUCGACUACGCCGCGGCCUGGACGGCGGCAAGGGCCAUUCAUGCCAGACACAAAGAGAACGGAGAGGUGGCUGGGUACAUCUCGCUUGACGAUUACAGCGAUGCUGGUGGCUUCAAGGUGUUCGUCAAGGUUGCCGCGACCGACAGCCCCAACCCGACCGGCAAGCGAAAACGCAGCCUUGUUCGGCCGCCCCACAAGGAGAGCUGGCCUAUCGAUCACACCGGGCUAUACACCAACAUCAGAACUGCGUGGGGCACCGAUGAGCACAUCGCCGAUGACCAAGUCCUUAAUGCUAUGGAGAAUCUUCUCACCGACUGGAACAACGUCCAAGGCAACCCUUCGAGCCUCACACCGCCUGCAUACCAUGCCCCCAACGACAUGAGGAUCCAAUUUGAGUGGGCUGCGCACAACAACCAUAACGUCAAUGACAUUGGCUACGAGGAAAGAAUUCAAAUGCUGCACUGGGCAGUUCAAGAACGCCGAAUCCACGCCCCGCGUCAGAACUUCUCCAUGCAGGUCAGACGUGGCGCCGUGACCAUCGGUCAUCUCAUCAUUCGCGUUUUCUGGGUCGGCCAGGACCAGUCGCUGUCUAACGUCUGUGACUAA